GCGAACAAAUCUUCCUUCUAUCCCCAAAUGGAAAAAGCUAUUACAGAAUAAAGUGGCGGUCUGAAAGCGAUUCCUCUGUACAACUCAAUAACCAAAAGAAGAGUUUUUGGGUCCAAAACUGAUCACCAGUGAAGCUCGUCAUCGCUGGUUAUUUUAUCACGUGUUCAUUUCUUCUGCGUUCCAAGUUUCCUACAUUGUCUCUAAUCUAAAAAGGUGAAUAUAGCAUAUAGAAGUAUGGGUAGUCCCCAGCAGCCUAAGAGAAGAGUGGCAUUUGUGCUGAUUGAUGGGUUGGGCGAUGUGUCCCUGCCAAGGUUUGGACUCAAGACUCCUCUACAAGCAGCCAAAGUACCCAAUUUGGAUGCCGUCGCAUCUGCUGGAGUAAAUGGUCUUAUGGACCCUGUUGAGGUAGGCUUGGGUUGCGGAAGUGACACAGCUCACCUCUCUUUAUUGGGUUAUGACCCAAGAGUGUAUUACCGUGGUCGAGGUGCAUUUGAGUCCAUGGGUGCUGGUUUGGAAAUGUCACCUGGUGAUAUUGCAUUUAAGUCAAAUUUUGCAACCUUGGAUGAGAAAACUGGAGUAGUCACAAGUAGGAGGGCUGACAGGCACUUUGAAGAAGAAGGACCCAUACUCUGUGCGGCACUAGAUGGAAUGAAGCUGCCAUCUUUUCCUCAAUAUGAAGUCAGAGUCAGGUAUGCAACAGAACAUAGAUGUGGAGUGGUUGUCAAAGGACCAAGACUAAGUGGAAACAUAUCAGCAACAGACCCGUUAAAGGACAACCGCUUACUUUUGCAAGCUGAAGCUCUAGAUGAUACUGAUGAAGCAAGGCACACAGCUGCUGUUGUUAAUGAGUUAUCUAAGGAAAUGUCACGAAUUCUAAUUGCUCAUCCACUAAAUGCAAAGAGGGUUGCAGAAGGGAAGAACAUAGCAAAUGUUGUCCUUCUACGAGGUUGUGGUAUUCGAAUCGAGGUUCCUUCAUUUGAAAAGAAACAUGGGCUGUGGCCAUGCAUGGUAGCCCCCACCAAAAUUAUAGCUGGCUUGGGCUUAUCACUUGGUAUUGAUAUCCUUGAAGCUCCUGGAGCAACUGGAGACUAUCGAACACUUUUAACUUCCAAAGCAACUGCAAUAACUAAGGCACUCUCAGCUCCUUUGCAGUCUUGCCCCUCUGUUUUUGUACCUGGGGAGGAUGAGCGCAAACCAGGUCGAUCAGAGGGCUAUGAUUUUGGGUUUCUUCACAUCAAGGCAAUAGAUGAUGCAGGUCACGACAAGGCAAGCGUUUUCAAACUCAAAGCACUGGAAGCUGUAGAUCAAGCGAUAGGACAGUUGACCAGGCUCCUCUGGGAGGCAGAAUCAACGGGAAAUUUUCAAUUCUUCCUUUGCAUUACCUCAGACCAUUCUACUCCAGUUGAAUAUGGAGACCACAGCUUUGAACCAGUUCCAUUUGCCAUGUGUCGGUUGAAAGACUUUGUGGGUGCAGUAGGUGGGGAGUCCAUUGUUUUGGGAACUUCUCUUGAUCCAUUUCCUCUUCCAACCAUUAAAGCCGGUGAAGACCUAACAGAUGAUGUGGGAAUUGAACGAGAGAGAAGCAAACAGCUUCAAGCUUUUAAUGGUGAUUCAGUUUGUGAAUUUAAUGAAGUAGCAGCAGCAAGGGGUUGUCUUGGGCGUUUUCCUGGAGGAGAGAUGAUGGGAAUUAUAAAGAAAUUUCUUAAAUUAGAUGCCUGAGCUACGUUGUUGUUAGGUUGGAAGAUUAAUGGUGGUUGAAUAUCACCAGUAGAGUACUCAUAAGGUUUUUCUUUUCGUCUUCUCUUUUUGGAUGACAAAGAGAUGUAAUCUGGUGAUUUCAGUCAUCAAAAUUUUGAAACUUUAAUGACAUUAUUCGGAGAAGAUUAUGCAAUUUGUACAUGCUAUCUAAAUAAGUUGAUCAAAAGUUGCUUCUGG